AUGAUUCGUUCAGCCACACCAUUCCCUCUGGUCAGUUUGUUCUUCAUGUUCAUCGGUUUCGUGCUCAAUAACAUCGGUCACAUUCGUCCUCACCGCACCAUCCUGGCGUUUGUGUCGGGGAUCUUCUUCAUCCUGUCAGGUCUGUCACUGGUGGUGGGGCUGGUUCUCUACAUCUCCAGCAUCAACGACGAGAUGUUCAACCGGACCAAGAGCAACGAGGCCUACUUCAGCUAUAAAUACGGCUGGUCGUUUGCAUUUGCUGCCAUUUCCUUCCUGCUCACUGAGAGUGCAGGUGUGAUGUCUGUGUACCUGUUCAUGAAGCGUUACACAGCGGAGGAGAUUUACCAGCCUCACCCAAGCUUCUACCGGCCACGGCUGAGCAACUGCUCUGACUAUUCGGGCCAGUUCCUGCAUCCUGAGGCCUGGACACGAGGACGCAGCCCAUCAGACCUGUCCAGCGACACCUCGCUCCAGAUGAACGCCAGUUACCCUGCCCUGCUCAAGUGUCCCGACUACGACCAGGUGUCAUCCUCACCCUGCUGAAAAACACACUCACACACAUACACAUGCCAGCAGACGGACUGACUGAGUGAAUGAAUAAAUGGUGAAGCUCUUGUAUUGCAGUGAGAGUGCAGGUCCAGCAGGCGGCGCUGCAGGAUUUCAGUCUGUAGAGAUUCACACUGCUAACAUGUGGAGUUAAAGAGACAGUUCACCCAAAAAUGAAAAUUCUGUUAUCAUUUAUUCAUCAUUUACUUGU